CUAUAUAUAUAAAUCAGUAACAAUUAACCAGUAACCAGUAAAAGUUAUUAAAUAAUAACUAGUAGAAAUAAUCAGCAAUAUGGUCAAAGACAAAAAGCUCUAUGACUUAUUGGGCGUAUCACCAUCAGCUGACGAAAAUGAAAUUAAGAAGGGAUAUAGAAAGGCAGCCUUAAAGUAUCAUCCUGAUAAGCCAACAGGAGAUACUGAAAAAUUCAAGGAGAUUUCUGAAGCAUUUGAUAUUUUAUCUGAUUCAAAUAAACGACAAGUAUAUGAUGAUUAUGGAUUAGAUGCAGCACGUGGAAAUGCACCAGCAGGUAAUCCAUUUGAAAAUGCUGGAGGUCAUCCAUUUGGUGGAGCAGGAGGUGGACAUGGAGGAUUUAGAUCAGGAGGAUUUACUAAUGCCGAUGCAUUUAAUAUCUUUUCUCAAAUGGGAGGUUUUGGUAUGGGAGGAGAUGAUGGAUUCGGAUUUGGAUCUCAUGGAGGAUUUGGAGGAGGAAGUCAAUUCCAUUCAACUGGUGGUAGUCCAUUUGGAGGAUUUGGUGGAGGUAUGCCAGGAGGAUUUGGUGGAGGAGGUCAAGCACCUCGUCGUCGUGAACCAGAUACUGUAACAAUGCAAUUGCCUGUAUCAUUAGAAGAUUUAUUUAAUGGAAGUCUUAAGAAAAUGAAAUUGAAUAGAAAGGGAGUCACUGGAUCAAAAGAAAGUAAAGUAUUAGAAAUACAACUUAGACCAGGUUGGAAAGCUGGUACUAAAAUUAAUUUUGCUAAUGAAGGUGAUUAUCAAGAAGAAGCUGGAGCUAGACAAACCAUUCAAUUUGUCUUGGAAGAAAAACCUCAUGCUACAUUUAAAAGAGACGGUAAUAAUUUAAAGAUGGACUUGCAUUUAAGUUUUAAAGAAUCAUUAUGUGGAUUCAGUAGAGAAGUUACUACUAUUGAUGGUAGAAGAAUCCCCUUGAAUAGAUCACAACCUGUUCAACCAAAUACUUCAACUACAUACCCUGGUUUAGGUAUGCCAAUUAGUAAACUGCCAGGACAAAGAGGUGACUUGGAAAUUGUAUUUAAAGUCGAUUAUCCUAUCUCAUUAACUGCUGAUCAAAAGCAAAUCAUUCAGCAAUACUUUUAAGUAUUGUUAACUACGCAUAAUUACAACUCAACUCAUAACUAUCACGAUGGCAUUGCCAGUUUUAACGACAUUUUUGCUUUUGCUCUUCUAGAUAUAUUUUAAAUUGGUUUCCGUUCCGUUCAUUUCCGUCUUUUUAUAAUCGAUACAUUUAUAUAUAUAUUAUAUAGCCCUGUACAUUAGUGAUUCGUUUGAAUCCCACAAAUAUAAAUCUUCUAUUUUGAGUAUCUUAGCGCGAGUAAAGUUAUUACUGGUAAUGGUAGUGUCCUGAGCUCAAUAUCACCACUCGUUGAGUUGCCCUCUUAACUAUGGAGUUAUAACUAACUAAGUGC